UCAGUUAGAUUUUCUUUCAAUUUCGAAGAGCAAUCGCUAUCUUUUUUAGACAUCACAAAGCAUCACCACCAAACCUACAUCUUUUUCAAUCUUUACUAUACCAUCUUCAUCCAACUUGUGAGGAAUUGGGAGGGAAAGAUUGAUCGAAAGCUCAUACUUUGCUGCAAGUUUGAUAGAGAGGUUGCAUCGAUCUGAAGCUGUGAAUUCUCAGAGUUGUUUUGGCUCGGAGUUUGUUGGUCAACAAUACUACUAUUGCACUCCACGUGGGUUUACUCGCGCGUUUGGAGAGACCGGUACACGUGGAUAUCUCGUCAUAUAACUGACCGCUUUGGAACCUCUGAUUUGAAAAAACAACGGUUUCUUCAGGAUCCUGGUUACGUAAUCAACCACGAUGCCGACCACCAGCAUACGUUGUCAGUGGCUAUUGAUCAGCAUCGGGACAGUCCUCAUCAUCCCCGCCGUCAAUCUUGCCUCAGCCGGUCAUGCUAAACACAGAGGUUCGAUGUCAUUAGACAGACGAGGCGGUCACAAUCAGCCUUCAUCAUCAGACUCAACGUCGUCGUCGUCAUCCUCUGAAACGCUCCCUAUCAAUCCCGACCACCAAGUCGAAAAUGAAGAGCAUCAUGUCACAGCUGCGAGUAAUAGCACAUCCCCAUCGCUUCCUCUGAUUCAAGAUGACGGUGAAAUCAAGUUGCCUAGAGGAUUUAAAAUAAUCGCUCUCGACGAGGACAAUAAACCAUUUAUCGUCAUUCCAAACAUGCAUCAUCUUCUGGAAAACAAUAGUGAUUUGACGAAGCUGCUGAAGUCUGCUCUGAGAGAGGCUCAUCGGACCAAGCGUUCGCCAUCGUAUUCACCAUCGGAAACGUCGUCAUCGAGAGGAUCAAGGCGAUCGGCUUGCAGAUUCGAAUACCAAACGACUGUACUCAGAGAAGGGCACUGUAUUCGAUUUGGAGAUUUUCCCGCCUGUUUAUCCGGAGAUCAAUUGUACCCUUUCGCACGUGAUUGCUAGCCGAUAGAUGCAUCUUGGACAAGCAGUCAUUUCGGAAGACGGUUCACGUAUCGCGUAUACAGGGACGUUGGUGAGCCACGCGUCGGAGACAUAUUAUGGGAAGCACUUCUGCAAGGUGCAUUUGAUUCAUGCGUAUUACCGAGGACCCUUUGGCACGUUGAGGGGAGACUGUGUAGUCCACUCAUCGUGGACAUUUCUUUUUAUAUGCAGAUCAUGUAUGAUUCGCGUUUGUACAAAGAAAGAUUUUAAGCUGUAUUUAAAUCAAGGAAGGUUCUAUAUGUUGAUAGUAUUAUGUACAUAUUUGGAGAGUUAUGUAUUGAGAGGAAUUGAGAAAUUGAGCAAGGAGAGAAAAUCAACAAAUUGACUGCAAUUGAUUUUUAAAAAGAAAUAGAUUUUGAUUUGAUGUAGAGUUUAAACAGAAGGUACUGACUUGUCGUUUUUUUAGUAGCACCUGUAAUUGAUCACAUGAUCUAGUAGAAAGAUUGAGAGAGUCUGACUGAAUUCGGCACGAUCGGUAGAUUAUUACAGUAUCACCAUAGAGCUAAUAUACGAUAUCACAGGUCCUAAAAUGUAUUCAUCACCGGAUUACGCACUUGCACAAUUUAUUACCGAGGGAAUGUUUCAGAAAUCUGAUCGUAAAUUUGCAAUUGAUUUGAUAGGCAACUUAAAUGUGGCAUGCCAAAUGGAAUCCUGAAUAAUUUUAUCCUGGGACUGUUGCAUAAUACCAUUGACCGUGAAAUAAUGUAUUGAAAACCGGAAAUAAAUUGCGCAUUACAUUAUAGGUAAUGCAGGGACUUUCCCUGACCGCAGCAAUCGAGCUUACAUGACCGCAUCUGGUCGAAAGAGGGCCAGAGAUCGGGCGGUGACUGUCAAUGUCCGAGUCAACCGCCCCGGG